UUGUCGGCCCCGACAUGGGCUCACCAUGUAAAGCCUUGUGGCCUGUGGGUUGCCUUGCAAUGAUUAACUUUCCAAAGCUUAUACAUGUUGACGAUUGCGUAACCAAACCAAAAUGCCGGAAACAGGGUAACAGAGAAUCUAUUGAUCCCAAAAACAGUCUGACUGGUUGUUGGGGAUAGGGUCCAAGGCAAUCUUUAAAAAUUUUACAUUAAUUUUCGUACUUAAUCUUGGUUUUUAAUGAGCAAUUAGUUCUUAAUGGAAAAAAAAGGGAAAGAAAAGUAGAAGGAAAGUAGAUUGAUCUGCUCCACGCCUCGAUACGUCGACACGUCAAUAAAUCCAAUCCUUGGCUUUAACUCUUUGCGCUGUCGGAUUGGAGAAGCUUUCUUGCUUGUCCAACAGAUUCACGCAACUCAGAAAGAGCGAUUGCACAAGCAUUGAAGAUCAGAACGGAAAGUGAAGCGUGAAGCCCAGGUUCAUUGAAUAAAAGACUCUUGGAAGCUGAUGGGUUCUGGGGAAGGAAAUCCUCGCUUCAGUGUCUUUGAUGGAGUUAAGACUUUCCCAUUAACACCCGAGGCUCUCAUGGCAGAGAUCAACACAGCUAUUACUAAUCUCGAAUAUGCACGUGCUACAGCUCUCCUCGACUCCCCAUCUUCAUCUAUGUCGAGAAACAAAGGUCAUGAUUCGCCUAAGUAUGAUGCCCGAAUGGCUGAUGAGGCUUAUAAAGCUGGAUGUGCUGCACUGGCUGCUGGCAAGCUUGAUGAAGCUUUCCAUUCUUUGAAUGUUUCUCUCUCCAAAUGCCCUCCUGAGAAAACCUCUGCUGUUGCCAAGCUUCAGUCUCUUAUAUCUGUCACCUCUCAGCAACUUCGCAAAUCUUCUGUUUCAAACUAACCCUUGUUGUUAUGGUGGCACUACUGGACAAAGCUAGCCAUCAUUGGUUGCUUUCAUCUCUAUCAUGUUGCCUUUUCCAUUCAUUAAAGUUUGUCUGAGGUUGGAAAUGAUUUUUCCUGUUUCUUUUGGCUUGACAAGUGCAAUAGUUGGGCUGUCCUAUCAUUCAUGACAUCCUGUACAGUUGAUUGGGGAAAUCCUCGUGGUGAUUCAGAUCUAUGGUCGAGGAUGGGGAGAGAUGCAGCAACCUUCUCUCUUGCCCUGGCUCUUUCUUGGCUCUGGGGUAUCAGAACCUGCUAGUCUUUAAGGUGGUUGAAUUAUGUUGGGCAUAGACCGAGUAUUAGUAAUGUAAUUAUGCUGUCUAUCAUAUCAGAUUAGUUUCUGUAACUCUUACACUCUGCAAUGUUAAUCGUUUAUUCUUCUGUUUUGACAUAAAAAUUUUCAAUGAAGGCACUUGCCGAUCAAUUGGCUAUCACAUCCCCAUUUUUUUGCCUCUUUGAUUAUUUGUUCAAGACAAGCUUUGUCUCUCUGUUAUCCCUGAAAGCAUGGAGACUAGUUCCAUCGAGGAGGUGCCAUUAAGAAAUUCAUGAAGUUGCUUUAAAACAUACACUCGUUCUGCAAUUUUGGUUCUGUCUCGUGACAUUUCACCAAGAUUCCAUUAAAAUGGCCAAAAGAUAACGCUCUGAUGAUAAGUUCUUUUCCUAGUACAGUUAAUGCCGGUUGACCAUAAUCAUGAGUGUCAUGCCUACCUCAACUGCUUAGAUUGCCACUUGUCGUCAGGGACUGAAAGAAAACAAAAGAGAGAAGGAACUAGAAAGUCAGUAGAUCGUAGGAAGGACAUAAAACUUGGUUAACGCCGGAUCUUGAUCAAGCUUUCCAUUAUGUAAUGCGGUCGUAAAAUCAUUGAGGCACGCUCAGCUAGCUCAGCCAGUUCCCUUACAAGUUUUACUCAGGUACGUUCGUUUCGAUUCCAUGAUUUGACAACAGUCUACAGCUACUUUAUAGUACAAUCAUUUUGAUUCAGAAUCGAAGAAAAGGCCACGGUUUGUUUCUGUAUUCUAUAUUGCUCUUGAAACAACUUCAGGCCGGACAAAGUUAGGUACCAGGUCUUGGGUUUCACCAUGACUUAAGCUUGAAGUGAAACUUGUAAAUUACUCUAAAGGAACUAUCUAUGGAAAAUGAAAAGAAAUAUAACUCAGUUUAAGGGUCUCCAUGGGGAAUUUUUUCAGCCCAGUUGAUGAACAUCAGACGGUAAUCUCAAGCUGAAAAGUGAGAUCCUGAGUGUCAUUUGUUAGUCUGUCUAGCACCUUUUUAACUUAGUCUUUACCCCAAAGGAUAGAGUCCCUGUAUUUCCCAGUGCGCUGCGAUGGCACUAUCAACAUAUAAGCAGAUCAAUUUGCCACUUCCAGACAUCUGGUUUCUCUCCAACAUGAGCGUCUUUUAUCAGGAAGAGCAGCCUCGUCAGUCUAAGAGAUGCAAGUUCCUAGCUUCUGUUCUGAAGGAAGCGUUUUCCAAUUGCCAUACUUUCGGUGGACAUUCAGGUCCAGAGGAAGAAAAUCCAACAAGUGACAUCGAUGAUGAAUCGGAAGUUGUUGUUUCUGAGAUUCGGAGUCGAGCAAUGGAGAAGAUGAAGCGCCGGCCUAGUCUAAUAGCAGAAAACAUUUCCUGGGUGUUUUCUCCUUCGACAGGAGAGCUGUAUAUAACCUCAAAGCACGCCAAGCGAAGAGACAAAGAUAACGAAGAUGAGGAAAGAGAGGAAUUCUUUUCUGUCGGGAGUUGUUUCUCUCUCUGUUCGAGUGCUGUGAGCAGGGAAGCGUUUCUCUCGGCCAAGACAAACUUUUCCCGCUGUUCAAGCUUAAACAAGGUUGAUUUCCCAGACUUUUGGAAGUUUGAUCUUCAGGAUUUUCGACGGCGAUCAAUAAUUCAGGAAUUCUGCCAUUGCGAGGGGUGGCCAUUUGGGCUGUGUAGGAAGGCUGUGUUACUUCCGCCUCUGCCGAAAUCCCCUUCCGAGUCUUGGUCUUGGCGUAAAGGCACCAGAUUAGCUAAGACGCCAUAUAUUUAAACAUAGCCUGGCCUUGGUCUUUUUCUGUCUCUUUUACCCUAUUUGAUCUUGGCGAUUGGAAAGCAAAGCAAGCUGCCUUCCUUUUACUAUUUGCUCUUUCAAGUGCUAGAACCAUGCUAAAUACUAGCAUCCAGUCAAAGAAUAAAGAGGUUAAUUAUG